AUGUUCUAUAUCCACGGUCCGCGGGGUUGCGGAAUCAGUUGCAACGACGCGCUCAAUGGAAGAUUCGCGGGGUUGCAGGAUCCAGACGCUCUCGUUGAGUGUCCAAGGUCCAUGAUGCUGAGAGUCAUGUGGCCUGAUUACGAACCCUGGUCGGCCACUAUCCUCCUUCACCCCGGAACGUCUCGAGCAGACUUAGCGAUGUGCGUCAGCCUCUACGCGCAAAGGUUCCUCGACGAGUCACUGACGAAGUGUCUGAGAGAUGAUACGCGCUGGAGGCUGGGGCCCGGUGCCAUCACACUUUCUGACCUCGAGCUGGUCGGUCUGCAGCCCGUGACUGCACGAGAUUGGCAGGUCCACUUCCGGGUGCGUCAGGCGACGCUUCAAGCAGUCUAAGUUGCAUGGUCCAUUGUUCGGGAUCCCCCAAACCCCAGUUUCCGGGUCAGUUUUGCGUAUACCUCCGUAGCAUACUUCAUCUCGUGGGUGUAGAAUGGGACGCACCCUGCCCUUAUCGUUGUCCAUCCUAUUAUCCGUGCUGCGCUAUGCGUGCUGAACACGUUCCCAUGGUCGGCAUGAUGGGGCUGGAUAUUGAAGAUGACACUGCCGCCUUUGUUCGGUUGAUGGAUGGUCAAUUCCUAGAUUUGCCUCGGGCAGGCCACCUCGAGAGAGGCAAUCACGAAUAGCACCGGCUACGCUAAGUAUCCGGAAACAAUAAGCGCCUAUAUGUUAACUCUCG